AUGAUCCGGCCGUUUUCCACUAUCGACUUGGACGUUCUUGGAGCUGAUUUGUUGCGGUCUUCCCUACUCUACGGCGUCGUCUUCUAUCGACUGUGCAGCGGCGCGUCGAGCAUCGCCUCGAGCGCGCCUAGCAAGACUUUCGAAUCGCCUUACCUCGCGGCACUUUCCGCCAACACCCGCCACGAGGAGUAUCAGUACCUGGACCUGAUCCGACAUAUCAUUCAAAACGGCCAACAUCGUCCCGAUCGCACAGGUACAGGAACUGUCGCCAUGUUCGCACCCCCUUCGUUUAGGUUCUCGCUCGCCAACAACACUUUGCCGCUCCUGACGACAAAGCGGGUCUUCACGCGAGGCGUCAUCGAAGAGCUUCUUUGGUUUGUCGCCGGUCAUACGGAUGGCAAGAUUUUGAGCGACAAGGGUGUCAAUAUCUGGGAAGGAAAUGGGUCGAGGGAAUACCUCGAUCGGAUCGGGCUCACGCAUAGGCGGGUGGGGGAUCUGGGUCCAGUGUACGGAUUCCAAUGGAGGCAUUUCGGCGCGACGUACAAGACGUGCGAGGACGAUUAUACCGGUCAGGGUGUGGAUCAGCUGGCUCAGGUCAUCGACAAGAUCAAGAACAACCCGACCGAUAGGAGGAUCAUUAUGAGCGCUUGGAAUCCGGCAGACCUCUCACAGAUGGCCUUGCCACCAUGCCACAUGUUUUGCCAAUUUUUCGUCACCCUCCCCGAGACGCCCGGCGCGAAGCCCAAGCUGUCUUGCUUGAUGUACCAACGAUCAUGUGACCUCGGCCUCGGCGUUCCCUUCAACAUCGCAUCCUACUCGCUCCUCACCCACAUGAUCGCCCUGGUGACCGAUACGGAACCGCACGAGUUCAUCCUCCAGAUGGGUGACGCGCACGUCUACAAGGACCACGUAGAGCCGCUCAAGACACAGCUCGAGAGAGAACCUCGCGAAUUCCCGAAGCUGAACAUCAAGCGGACAAAGGAGGAGAUUGGCGGGAUCGAUGGUUUCAGAACGGAGGACUUUGAGGUGGUUGGGUACAAGCCGAUGGGCAAGAUUGAGAUGAAGAUGUCGGCAUAG